AUGCCAGAUUUAUUCGAUAAUUUUUUUACAUCAAUUGGUGCAAAAUUCCAUAAUGGUCAAACAAAACGUCGUUACUCAAUGGGUUCACAAGUAAAUUCAGGUAAAUUUUAUAGUUAUCAUAAUACUCCAAGUAAUAAUAAUUAUUGGUUACCAAGAAAAUCUUCAACUACUGAUGAUCAAAAAUUAGUUGUUUCUGAAGAUGGUAAAAUUACUUCAAUAGAUGAUAUCAAAGUUGGUUCAACUUCUGGAACUCAACCUAUUCUUACCACUGAUGAUGAUGAUAAAUUGAAUAGAUCGAGGUUUAGUAGUGUAUCAUCAGAAAACUAG